AAUUCGAGAGACGAUAUGAAUAUUGAAAUUCAGUGAUUUUUAAACAAUUGUUACAAGAUUUUUCUAAAAUUCCUAUUAAAACUCAAAGAUAUAUUUUUAUUUAAAUAUUAGAAUAUUACUGAGUGAUAUUUGUGGUGAAAUUUAAUUUGUAUGCUUAGAUCACUGUUUGUUGAGUAUAAAACUUUAACCUCCAAUGUUAACAUAUUAUUAAUACUUACCGGCUCACUGGUACAAAACUCAAUCAACUCUAUUUAAGAAUAAUUGAAAAUAAAGAGGAUUGUCAGUAAUGUCGAAAGUGAAUAAAUUGAAAUUAGCCAAAAAAGCCGCUGAAAAGAUAGUCCAUGGUGACAGACUUACGACUUAUAUUCCCGCGGGAUUAGCAUCAGCACAGCCUCCUUUGGGAUCCCAACUCGGACAGAGAAAUCUAAAUAUAGCUGCUUUUAUAAAAGAUUUUAACGAAAGAACUGCUCAUAUUAAGGAAGGUAUUCCAUUGCCAUGUCGCAUAAAAAUAAAACCUGAUCGAAGUUAUGAAUUAGUAAUUCAUCAACCUCCAUCAACUUAUUACCUUAAACAAGCUGCUGGUAUUCAAAGAGGCGCUAUCAAUUCAAAAACGGAAGUCGCUGGUAUGAUUACUUUGAAACAUCUGUAUGAAAUUGCUAAAAUAAAAUCACAAGAUCCACCCUUAGCUAUGAUGAGUUUGAAACAGAUAACUGAAAUGUUAGUAGGAACUGCUAAGACAAUUGGCAUUAAAAUUGUCAGAGAAUUAGAUCCUGAUGAACUUGGUAAAUUUUUGGAAGAAAGAGCGAUUAUUGAUGCUCAACAAAGAGCAGCCAUAGAGGAAGCUAAAGAAGCCAAGAAACUUAGGACAGUUUAAUAAUUCUUUGUAUACCAAUUGAAUAGAUUACAGAUUAUAGUAUGUUUUUUUACAUGAUAAAAUUGUUUCUCUAUUGAUUAUCAGCUAUUAGCAUAAUAAAUAAAUGCAUGGGUGUAUACAUUUUUUGGUUUUUGAAUGAAUCAAACCAUAAAUUAAAUCGUUAAAAAUUAACUGUGAGUAGAGUAAAAUAUGAAAUUAAGUAUUUUUAUAUCGGUUUU